UCGUCAUGAGCAGUACUUAGCGUUUUGGGUGACCUGGUAACUUACAUUGAUAGUGGCGGUGUUAUCAAAGAGGUGUCACAUGGCACGGAGUUGUUUAUCACAGAAACUGUUGAAGUAUAUUCUUCGUGAGGAAUAUCUCGAGACUGCUAUACGGACAAUGUCAAUAAGGCUUUUCGAAGACAAAUAUCAUGCAGAGUUGUAUGCCAGAUUCAGACCGACAUACUCGAGCGCUGUAUAUGAGACUAUAUUUCAGUUUUAUGAAGAUUCUAAAAGCUCAAAGUUAAACUACGAUCUUGCUGUUGAUGUCGGUUGUGGAAAUGGUCAAUCUUCUAAGCCACUAUGUUCAAAAUUUAGGCGAGUUAUUGGAUAUGACGUCAGUGAAGAACAAGUGAAAUCAGCUAGAAAUGAUGUCGAUAACCUAACAUUCCGCGUUGGACCUGGUGAGGACUUGAGAUUUCUUGAGAAUAACUCAGUUGACCUGGUAACCAUUGCACAGGCUCUUCAUUGGCUAGACAGAGAUGUGUUUUACCAAGAGGUGGAGAGGGUCCUGAAACCAGGAGGGGUGUUUGGUGGCUAUGGGUAUGGCAACAACGUUCUAGACGACGGUGUGGCAAAUCAGCUCGUAAAAGAGUUUUACAGUGGUCUUCUCGGGCCUUACUGGGACGAACAAAGGUCACAUAUAGACAAUAUGUACCGCAACAUACCCGUGCCAUUAGCCUGCCAAACCAGACUUGAAGGGGAAGAGCUGGGGAUCCGGCGCCGGAUGCCGGUGGAUGCUUUCGUCGGCUACCUGUCCACAUGGUCGGCCUGGCGAAAAUACCUCCGUGAAAAUCCGGAAACUCGUGCUCUAAAUGACGUUGCUGACAGUCUGAAGGAGCGAUACGGAGACAGAGAAAUUGAUGUGUUUUGGCCCGGGUUUUUGCUGCUUGGAAGGAAGCCCGCAUAACAAUCGAGAAAGCCUCUGUGAAUGCCUAAACCUUUCAAAUUCCUCUAGUAUGUCCGUAUCGACAAAUGAUAGCUUCAACUCUCUUGUUGACGAAGACAUUCCCACACAAAAUUCCUUACCCACAUCUCCACAACAAAAUAAUAAAUCCAUACCAAAACAACCCAGAUUUGUAUCAAAACUUAAAAUACUCUGUAUAAAUUGCCAGUCAGUUGUUAACAAAAAACUGGAACUUCAGAAUCUUAUAUAUAAUGAAAAUCCAGACAUAGUUGCAGGCACUGAGUCCUGGCUAAAAAAGGACCAUUAUACAAGUAAGUUUUUUCCUCCGUCCUUCGGUUAUACUACUUUUAGAAACGAUAGAUUGAAAGGCAAAGGCGGGGGGGGGGGGUGUUUCUUCUUGUUAAAAACAACUUGAUAGUCUCUGAGCAACCAAAAUUACAAACAGAUUGCGAAAUUGUGUGGGUUAAACUUGAAAUAAAGGGUUGUAAACCCAUGUAUAUAUCAUCCUACUAUAGGCCACAUGAGUCUUCUUGAACUUGAAAAGUCACUGGACCUUGUCAACAAAUUAAAGGGUACAAAGCUUAUUCUUGGAGAUUUUAACUUUCCAAAGCUUACCUGGGAUUCAGAACAUACGCCACACUUAAAACCAGGUUUCAGUACCACAACUGUCUAUGACAAAUUCCUUGACAUCAUAAAUGAUCAAAACAUGACACAGAUGGUCAGUGAAAACACUAGAAAUGAUAACAUCCUGGAUAUUUUUCUAACAACCAACCUUACAUUUGUAUACAAAGUAAAUAUCAUACCUGGAAUUAGUGACCAUGACAUCAUUUCAACCAUUGUUAAUGCCUGUCCAAACAUACUCAAACAAAAGUCAAAAAUUGUACCCCUAUAUCGAAAAGCAAACUGGGAUGACUUCAAACAAUUCAUGAACACUACCAAGUCUGACUUCCUACAAGGUUCAGACAGUCUAUCAGAUGAGGAGAUCUGACUUAGAUUCACAGAUGCUAUCAAAAGAGGUAUUACUCAAUUUAUACCUGUCAAGAAAAUUGGUUGUAAAAGAGCACUGCCUUAGAUUACAAAAGAAAUUAAGAGACUUAUUCAUAAAAGAGAUAAACUCUAUACAAAAUUGAAAAAGAAUCACACUGAAUCGAACAUUAGUAACAAAUUCAAAUCAUAAAAGGCAACCAUCAAAAGUAAAAUAAAAACGUCUCAUUUAACCUACAUUGAAAACAUCCUUGAUAAUGCUAAUAAUGAGCAAUCGGUUGACAAACCAAGCAAGUUCUGCACCAAAAAGUUAUACUCAUUACUAAAAAAACUCGCUGUCAUCGCUCAAAGAUCCUGUUACAGAUAGCUUGAAAUCUGAUAACACGGAAAAAGCAAACAUUCUGAAUAACCAAUUUCAAUCGGUAUUUUCAAAAACAUCCCCUCUAUCUCUAAAACAAGCAGAAAUUGAGAACCCUUGUACCACAAAAUUAUUGCAGUUACCCUCACAUGAAAUGGCAUACUGAAACUUCUUGCCAAUUUAAAACCCAACAAAGCUGCAGGGCCAGACCGUAUAAGCCCUCUUGUCCUUAAAGAGUUGAAAAACGAGAUUGCUGAUAUUAUAACAGUCCUCUUUCAAAAGUCACUAACCACAAACUCUAUCCCUGUUGCCUGGACGAAGGCUUCUGUAUGCCCACUAUUUAAAAAGGUUGAUUCCAGCAACCCAGCAAACUAUCGACCUAUCUCACUUACAUGUAUUUUAUGUAAAUCAUUAGAACACAUUAUUGCCUCAAAUCUCUCUGCACAUCUGACCAAACACAAUAUUCUCUAUGACCUACAACAUGGCUUUCGAGAAAAGCGCUCAUGCGAAACUCAACUUAUUGAGCUGACCGACGAUCUUGUAAGAAUCACUUCCUCAGGUAAUCAAACUGACUUAAUUCUUUUGGACUUCAGCAAAGCAAACUUCUAUUCAAACUACAGGAUUAUGGUGUUUGUUCUCAAGUGGUCUGAGGCAUUUCUCCUUCAUAGAAGUAAGACAGUGGUCUUGGAUGGCGAUACUGCUGUUUAUCUUACCAUCAAUUCCCCCUCUGACUGUGCUAUCCUUCAAAAUGAUCUCAAACAACUGGAAUUAUGGGAAAAUGAUUGGGAUAUGGAGUUUAAUCCCUCCAAGUGUCAAGUUUUGCACUUAACAAAGAAUAAGCAUAUCAUCAGAAAUCAAUACAUACUCCAUGGCCAGAUCUUAGAGCCAGUCUCAAGUGCUAAAUAUCUUGGUGUUGAUAUUAUCAGCAGAUCUCACCUGGAACACUCAUAUUUCAAGAAUUACCACCAAUGAAAAUAAUACUCUCAACUUCAUUAAAAGAAAUAUAAAAACAAAAACAGAAAGUGUCAGGACUUUAGCUUACAAAACCCUUGUCCGUCCACAGUUAGAAUAUGCAAGCACAAUUUGGCACCCACACACACAAUCAAACACCAAUGAAAUUGAAAUGGUUCAACGUCGGGCUAUUCGUUGGGUUAAACAUGACUUCUCUCCUCUCUCCAGUGUUACAAACAUGCAGGAAAGUCUUGGUUGGCGCUCACUUGAACAACGUAGACUAGAUUCCGGACUUGUAAUGUUUUACAACAUAUACCAUCAUCAUGUUGCUAUUACGCUGCCAUCUUGUAUUCAAACACCAAUACGAUUUACCAGACUAAUGCACCCACUAUGUUUCAGACAAAUUCAAGUUAAAACUGACUAUCACAAAUUUUCAUUCUAUCCUCACUCGGUUGUACUUUGGAACAGUUUGCCAAAUCAUAUUGUCACUAUCCCCACCCCUGACACAUUCAAGGUGGCUGUGGCAACCAUUACAGCAUUAGAUAAGCGAGCAGUGUUUUUAUCCUUCUACCAGUACACCAAUUACUUUUUAUCAUGUUACCUAAAUUGUGUUCUCUUUUAUACCCUAGUUCUCACUUUUCUGGUGUGAUUUGCCUCCUCAGUGUUUUAUUUUUUUCACUAACAAGCCGGCGCGCACCGUUCAUGUCAGUAACACUCGGAAGAGGAGUUGACAUUAAACAGAGAUAGAUAGAUAAAUAUCACCAUACUGUGUAGUUCUCAAGACUAAAUAUCGCCAUAUUUUCCCAGACUAAAUGCUGUUCAACUACAGUGUGGCAACUGUGUAGUUCUCAAGACUGAAAAUCGCUAUGGUGUGGCACUGUUUUCAAGACUAAAUACUGUUCAACUACAGUUUGGCAACUGUGUAGUUCUCAAGACUGUAAAUCGUUAUGGUGUGGCACUGUUUCCCAGACAAACAAAGGAAAAAAUAUCAUUGUGAACUUAUAUUUGUACAAAUGUCAUGACUCAGCACAUUAUAUUUUAUGGUGUAUUUUGUCUUUUAAGUGAAAAAUCAAGCCCAUCGGCAAUUAUUUGAUUUUAUUCGAAUAUGAUAUCGCGCCAUUACUAUAUUGUAAUUUGUGCAUGUACAUGUACAUAUAUUAGCAUCAUAUAUAAGUAUAUUUAAAGUAAAAAAAAACUGUGAUAGAAAAUAUCCGAAACCAAUUAUCCCUUUUCCAUUGAUUAAUAAUAACAGGGGAUGCAUUUGAUCAAAUGAUAUAUCGGUAUUGCAAAACAGGGGAUUUAUGUAUAUGUAUGUAUAAAGUAAAUACUUUUUAAACUAUAAAUUUGCUCAAGGACACAGAUGCCUCCACAUGCCACGAUUUGUCACCAAAGUAAGGGCCAUUAUUUAAUCCAUUCUACAUAAAUGUGUAUCACUGUUAUUUGUUCCACAAUUUAAUAACAUCAAAUACAUGAAC